UAAUCUCCAAGCUUUUUAUUCCAAUCAACAGCCAAUGGUUCUUGUCUUAUUUAAAGUCAAACAGUUCCCACAGGAAAAAAGGCCGGAGAAUCAGACAAGAAUUGGCUGCGCAGGUUCUGCAUAAUUGGAAAUUUUAAUUAAGCAAAGGAGGACUUCAGUUUCAAUCACAAUGAAAGACAUGCUGGAAUUCUAAAACUAUGUACUGACUAAAAGCCAAUCACACUGGAAUUCAGGACGAGGAGCGCAGAGAAGUACUAGAGGAAGAACAGCAAAAUCCUUCAAAGGAGCUUUUGUAGACAACAAGGCACGGAGCUGGUUCCAAGGGCAGUUUUCUUGGCAAUGAACGAGGAGUAUGACACUGAGUUUGCCGUUGGAGUGGUGGCUGCUGCAUAUGCCAUCAACUUACUUGAAGAAGAUGAAGCACGGCAUGGGAUCAAGAUACGGAGAUCAAGAUAUGAUACCACACCCGGGGUGCGAAAUUCUGAUAGAGUGACUAGGCGAUACCCUGGCAAGGAAGUGAAAACUGCAGGUGAAACUUCCAGCAGAAAGUCAAGGGAACAGGAUUAUAAGAGACAAGAGAGCGCUUUAAGAACUCGCAAACCAGGUCAUUCAUCCUCUGCUAGGCCUAUGACCAUGGAAGCUGGAGACCAAAGGAGGAAGGGAAGUUCUUCCCAACUCAAUGUUGUGGAAACCAAAGCAGAAGCUUGGGAGAAAGCUCAGAUGGAAAAAGUUAACAGGCGGUACGAGGAUAAGAAAGCAUCAAUCCUUGCCUGGGAGAAUAAAAAAAAGCUGCGAGCCAAAAUUAAGAUGGAGAGGAGAAAGAAAGAAUUGGAGCAGAAAAUAAAGAGAAACCAACAAUUUUACCAGGCCAAGAUAGCAGGAAUUGAUCAUAUUGCUGGUGGAGCUAGAGCACAGUUAGAUGAGCAAAGAAGAAACGAGGAAUUGAAGAUUAAAGAAAAAGCAAGGAAAAUAAGAGCCUCAGGACAGGACCCUGUUACAUGUUUCUGCUUCUGAAUGACAUGAAAAAUUGAAGACAUUUGAAUCAGGAAGAAGAUCAAAUCUUUUAAGUCAGAUAAAAUGCAUUUAGCAACUCAAAAUGUUAAUCAUGGUGAGAACAUGAAAUGAUCUACAGUAUUUCUACGUGUUAGCCAUUCCCCUAAAAUGUAUAUAUUCUUGUGUGUAGUGUACACAAUGGUAUAUAGCUAAAAUGUUGAACACAGUAAGAAAUCAUAUGAA